AUGAAGCUUGAAGUGUCCACACUGGUGAUGGCCUGGCUUGGACUCCUGGGCUGCACAUGGGCUGAAUUUUUUACAUUUCUGACUGGCCCUUCUCUCCAUGCAGGGCACAUGACUAGCUUGAUUCAUGUGGAAAAACAACUGGUUCAGGCUCUGAAAGAAUAUAUCCUUUUGAAUGAAGCCAAACUCUCUAUGAUUAAAAGCUGGGUUGAGAAAAGAGAUGCACUGAACCUUGUAAUCCCUGAAGAUGAGGAAGGCUUGAGCAUGGCAGUGAGUAUGUACAAGAUGCUGAGGCAUCUAAAUAAGGAUUGGUCAGUAGUGAAGAGCUUUGUUCUCCAGAACCCAUCCACUGAAUUUUCUGCCAGGCUCACUUCAUGGCGCAAGCAUUUCCCUACAGAAGAGGAUGAGAUUGGGGCUGCCAGGGCCCUUCUGCGUCUUCAGCACAUAUACAAGUUGGAUCUGAAGGCUCUUUCCAAGGGGGCCCUGCCAGGGACCAGGUAUCGCACAACCCUGAGUGUUGGUGAUUGCUUCAAGCUGGGCCAGACAGCCCACAGCAUCAGGGACUUUCACCACUCAGUGCUUUGGAUGCAACAGACACUGAAACAACUGAAUGCAGGGGAGCACAGCACUAUCUCUAAGGUCCAGGUUUUGAAUUAUCUUAGUAGUGCCAGCUUCCAGCUUAGAGACCUGCAUAGGGCUGUGGACUUCACCCAUCAAUUGCUUUCUCUUGACUCCUCUCAUGAACAAGCCCGGUUGAAUCUGCCAUGCUAUGUGAGGUUGUUGGAGGAAGAAAGGACAGGAAAGCUUGGGAACAGGGCAUCAGAGACCAACUCAGAGACAGUGAUCAGUGCCCAUGAGGAUUCUCUGAACCAUCUGCCCACCUGGGAGGUCUUUGAGGGCCUCUGCCGUGGAGAGGGUGUCAAACUCACACCACAGAAGCGGAAGAUGCUUUUCUGUAGAUAUCACCAUGGUAACAGGACUCCACAGCUGCUCAUUGCCCCCUUCAAAGAGGAGGACGAGUGGGAUAGCCCGCACAUUGUUAGGUACUACAAUGUCAUAUCAGACGAAGAAAUCGAGAGGAUCAAGGAGAUUGCGAAACCAAAGAUGGAACGAUCCAAUAUCUUUGAUGUCACCACAUCUUCCACCCAUGCAUCAAUAAGCAGAAUCAGUAAAAGUGCAUUUCUGAUAGAAGAGGAAGACCCUGUAAUUGGUCAAGUGAAUCGAAGGAUUAAAUUCAUCACCGGGCUGUCAGAUAAAACAGCGGAACUUCUCCAGGUUGCUAGUUAUGGUAUUGGAGGACUCUAUGGACCUAAUUUGGAUUAUUUUUUGGGACUUGAACAAUCCUUUGAAACUGAUGAGUCAGGGAACCGUGUGGCCACAUUCUUGAACUACAUGAGUGAUGUAGAAGCUGGUGGUGCCACUGUCUUUCCAGAACUGGGGGUUAUCAUUUCGCCUAAGAAGGGGACAGCGUUGUUUUGGUACAAUCUUCUGCGGAGUGGGAAAGGCAACCACCUAACAAGACAUGGUUCUUGCCCCGUGCUUGUUGGCUGCAAAUGGGUCUCCAAUAAGUGGUUCCAUGAACGAGGACAGGAAUUCUUGAGGCCUUGUGGACCAACAGAAGUUGACUGACAUCUUUUGCCGCCUUCCUCUUCCUGGUCCCUCAGCCCAUGUUGUCAGGCGAGUGUGACUUUGUGAGUUCCAGCCCCAGUCAGGCAAGAAUUUCAGAAGUCACUGUUUCUCUGGAGCAGAGAGAAGGCAGACUAGGGAAGUUCCUGGGCGAGCUGCUCCCUUGCUGAUCUGGCAACCUCUUUGGCUAAUCUGUGCCAUCUGUGUAUCUGGAGGACAGGGUUGUAGUGGCUUCAGUGAGGUCGAGCUUUCUACUGCCUAUU